AUGAGUCAGAAGGUAGAAAAACCAGUAUUAUCGGGUCAACGGAUCAAGACCAGAAAAAGAGAUGAGAAAGAGAAGUACGAUCCGAACGGCUUCCGCGACGCGCUCGUGCAAGGUCUGGAGCGCGCCGGCGGUGACCUUGACGCGGCGUACAAGUUCUUAGACGCGGCUGGCUCGAAACUCGACUAUCGGCGCUAUGGCGAGGUCAUAUUUGACGUGCUCAUCGCCGGGGGGCUUCUGCUCCCCGGCGGUUCGGUGUCGAUGGACGGCGAAUCCCCGAAGACUAACACCUGCAUCUUCACCGCAAACGAGGACAUGGAUACCAUGCGAAACUUUGAACAGGUAUUUGUGAAGCUCAUGAGACGUUACAAAUACUUGGAAAAGAUGUUUGAGGAGGAGAUGAAAAAGGUGCUGGUGUACCUCAAGGGUUUCGAGCCACUGCAGCGCAUCAAGCUUGCUCGUAUGACUGCACUAUGGAUCGGCAAUGGUUGCGUACCACCGUCGGUCCUGCUGGUGCUAGUAAACGAGCACUUGUUGAAGGACAACCUGGCGCUGGACUUCGUGCUGGAAGUGUUCGCCACCGUGAAGGCGGAGCGAGGAGUCACAUCCCUCGUCACCGCACUCAAGCGGGGGCAGCUUGAAGGCAGACUGCUGGAGUUCUUGCCGUUGAACCGUCGCAGCGAGGACGUGCUGGCCGCGUCGUUCGCGUCGCGCGGUCUCGGCGAGCUACUCCGUCUGCAUCGCGCGCAAGCUUCGCAGGAAGCUCGCCGCGAGCUCACGCAGGCGCUGCUGGACGAGCUCGCCGAAGACAAGCCUGUGCGGGACCUCAUACAGGACCUGCGCGACAUGGCGCACAAACACUCCAUUCCUGAACACGAAGUCGUCGCUAUUAUUUGGCAAUGUGUGAUGUCACGAGGCGAAUGGAACAAGAAGGAGGAACUGCUGGCGGAGCAGGCAGCCAAACACUUGCGUCACUACACACCACUGCUGGCUGCCUUCGCGCAGUCUGCUAAAGCUGAGAUCGCAUUAUUGACUAAGGUGCAGGAGUACUGUUACGAGAACAUGAACUUCAUGCGAGCGUUCAGCAAGCUGGUGGUGAUGCUGUACAAGACCAACGUACUGUCGGAGGAGGUGAUCCUCAAGUGGUACCGCGAGCCUAACUCCAGCAAGGGCAAGAUGAUGUUCCUCGACCAGAUGAAGAAGUUCGUCGAGUGGCUACAGAGCGCCGAAGAAGAGUCCGAGAGUGGCGAAGAAGAAGAUUAG